AUGGAGGGGGGGGCUCGUUGCCGUGUAGGGAGCUAUUGGGGAAGGGGGGGCUGCCAGAUAGGGAGGCGAUCAGAGAGAAGGGUCCCAAUUAGGGGAGGGGGACGCGGCGCGGGUUCACCCCGGGCUCCGGCCCCGCUGACGCCCGCCGGCGGCCCAGGGAAGGACUACGAGAAGGCAGUGAAGUACUACAGCCGCGCCAUCGAGCUGAACCCCACCAACGCCAUCUACUAUGGGAACCGGAGCCUGGCCUACCUGCGCACCGAGUGCUACGGCUACGCCCUGGCCGACGCCACGCGCGCCAUCGAGCUCGACAAGAAGUACGUCAAGGGCUACUACCGCCGCGCCGCCAGCAACAUGGCCCUGGGCAAGUUCAAGGCCGCCCUCCGCGACUACGAGACGGUGGUGAAGGUGAGGCCCAACGACAAGGACGCCAAGCUGAAGUACCAGGAGUGCAACAAGAUCGUCAAGCAGAAGGCCUUCGAGCGGGCCAUCGCCAGCGACGAGCAGAAGCGCUCCGUCGUCGACUCCCUCGACAUCGAGAGCAUGACCAUUGAGGACGAGUACAGCGGCCCCAAGCUGGACGACGGCAAAGUGACGCUGGCCUUCAUGAAGGAGCUGAUGCAGUGGUACAAGGAGCAGAAGAAACUCCACAGAAAAUGCGCCUACCAGAUCCUGGUGCAGGUGAAGGAGGUGCUGGCCAAGCUGCCCACCUUGGUAGAGACGACGCUGAAGGAGACGGAGAAGGUGACGGUGUGCGGGGACACCCACGGGCAGUACUACGACCUGCUGAACAUCUUCGAGCUCAACGGGCUGCCCUCCGAGGCCAACCCCUACGUAUCCCCCCGGCUGGACGAGGCCUCGCUUCCGUCCCC